GGCGUUUGCAGGUCAGGUCACCUGUGGCCAAACCGGUCUUGAGCGUCCGCAGCGAGCUCUAUUUGUUGCAGGGUGAACGCAGUGGAAUCUAUGAGUGCUCGGCGGCACCUUGCACGAGCGCUGGCCCGGUUGCACACAAUACUGGCCAAAAAAAUGUUCGCGGCAUAAAAAAGUGCGACAGCUAACGGCAUGUAACACACUAGGAAAGCAAGGUAUCAGUCGCGACGUCUCCAAGCCGUCCCUAGCGCCCCCGCAACGGACUCGCAGCGCCCUCAUAGCCCUCCGCCCCGCGGACCAAAGCAAACAAGGCAGCGCCGAGUGCGAGCUGCCAAUCAAACAAGGCAAGCCGCGACCAUGGCUCGGGCAGCCGCCACCACCGGUUAAACGCAUCGAUCCGUCGCAUGGAUCAAUAACAAAACCAACCAGCAGACUACAACAGGGGCAGCAGCCAAAGCAUGGACCCAGCCCAUAGCAAGGCCCUCGACGCCGUGCUGGCACAGAGCCCCACCGACAAAGUAGUAGUGCCGCCGCCGCCGCCGCCCUCCACCAGGGAACGCCCCACACUACAAAGACGGCCCUCGCUCGACGGCGGCGCCGCGCGCCAGGCCGCACAAGACGUCGCCGCCGUCGAAGAGACCGCCGAGCGCAUCGCAGAGGCAAGGGGCUACGCGUCGACCACCGACACGUUGCGAUUAGUCAGUCGUUUGCUGGCCCAGGACGAGACGAUAUGUCGCUGCCGCGGCUCGGAAGUGAGCGGCGGCGGGACCACUAGACAGGGCGCGAACGAACGGUUUAGAGUAAGGGUCGAGUCGAGGCAAGCCGCGGCCCAGAUGCUCGAGGCCAUCCAGCUGCGCACGGCCAAACAAAAGGCCGCAGCGUCGCCCCAAGUCGUCCGCAAGGUACCUGUCACGAGCCCACCGCCAAAAAAGCGGAGCCUCAGCCACAAACUACUAAAGUCGAAACUGCAAGGUAGUAUGGCCAAAGCAGCAUUUAGUUCCGGAGGCAAGGCCCAGGCGACGAAGCGCUUCGAGAAGCAUCUGGGGGCGCGCCUCGACGCGCCUUCGUGCGAGAACGUUCCUGGCCUCGAGAACGGUGCUUCCGUAUUAUGCUGGAAGAACCGCGAGUGGGUUCCUGGCCAUGUUAAGGCGUUCCGAGAGCGAGGAGAACUGGAUAACGAGGAGGACGAGGUGCUCAUUGGGGAGCUCGGGAAAGACGACACCUCGUGGAAGUGGAUUCCCGUAACGUGCGAUAUCGGCGUCUUCACGCCAUCGACGCGACUCGUGUCCAUCGCACGAUGCCGGGGGUGGUUUUAUAUUGAAUUUUGAGUGAAUUCGGACCGCGUCGCGCGACCGCCCCGAAUCGCGUCCGAAUUCACUCAAAAUCACAAAAGAAACCGCCCACUUCAUCAUGAGGUGGUCACGACGCGCGUCGAUCAUCUCACACCGAGAUACGAACCGCGAUGCUCCGCGCAGGUCGCCGCGCCUGCUAAGGAUGGACGUCCACGAGGCCUUUCGCGUCGCGAACAAGCGGCGGGGCGACUUCGUGAAGGCGGGGCAGCGCGUCGUGAGCGCCUGGGCGCCGCGGGACGAGCGGGAGUUCUGGUCUCGCCGAUCGAGUGCGAUCGGGCCCGCGGGGACGGUUCGUAGGGUCGUGCCCGCGAGAGAUGCGGCCGAAGUGGAGCUGGACGGCCUGUGUUGCACGGAGCGGUACUGGCUACCUUUGCACGCGCUCGAGAAGGCCUCUUGUGACGAGGAGGGUUCUGAUGUCCUUGAGGUGCGAGAGGAAGCUUUAGACAGAGUGAGAAGAGCGUUAGCUAGAAUAGAGCCGCGCAAUCCACCUUAUUCAUGUAUCAGAGUCGUGAAGGGCCGGCGCUGCAUCGUUAGAUUGUCUUACGAAGACGAGGCGCGCGGCGCAGCACCGGAGGACCUGCGGUGGCGGGUCCACGUGCGCUUGUGUGGCCGCACGAGGAGAGAUGAGGCCCAGGACCGGAGCGACGCGUUGUUGAUUGAUAGAGAGAAGGCCCGCGAGGCCACUUCAUCUGCCAUGAAGCGGGGCGGGGCGCGAGACGCGCUCGCCCGGCGCCGCUCGUCGCGCAGAGCCCGUAAGGACGACGCCGAGGCCUUCAAGGCCUUCGGGACGCGGCGGCUCCUCUCGCCGGAGCGCCCGGCGUCGCGCGAGAACUCGGUGUCGAGGCCGUCCUCUCGCAACACGAGCCGGCCCGCGAGCCGCGAAACAUCGAGACCGGCGUCGCGCGAGACGUCGCGGCCAACGUCGGCCGCGGCGUCGCGCGUCGGCACCGAGGACGGGAGCGUGGCGCCCGAGCGCUCGGCGAGCGACUGGGCCGCGCCGAAUCAUCUGGAGCGAGACCUCCCGUCGUCCUACAUCCGAGGGCUCGGGUUCGAGGAGUACUGCCGAGGGGAUGCGGUCUGGUCGGCUCGAGCGCGCGCCUCAUUGUGUGAAGCCGUCGCCGAUUGUGUCGAUGUGAAGCGGGGCCGACUCGUACUCGACGGCCUCGAGGACAGCAUCGACGAGGAAGAGCAAUGGAGUUGUGACGUGGCCUGCCUUGUCAGAGACGUGCCGUGUCGGCUGCGGUUCACUACCACUCAACAGGAGCUGCGUAUAGUAUUAGCUUGGUGCGACGCGCACGUUCCUUCGAAGAGAGGAGCUCAUAGAUACUCGCUACAAAUGAGCGACUGGCGCUUGUUAGGCUAUGGUUCGAGGCUGGAGUGGCUCGCGGACCUUGAAAGGGCGAAAUUGUGUCGAGCCCUUUCUCUAAGACUCGAGACGCGCCACGGCGUCCCGGUGCUAUGUGUGCACCCGUCCGAUGCGUUAGUGUGGCCCACUGCUGAGACAUGGUGCGCUUUGCCUCAUGACGGCUGUGAUUUGCCUUGUAGUACAGAUAGGAUCCCUCGUACUUCCGGUAGUGACUGGCGCCUACGAGGUGUCACGUCGCGGCACUUCGCGAAUACGAAUCGCAUGCUCUGGCGGUCCGUCAUUAAGUUGGCCUGCGGCACGGCCUGUUCGAGAGAUUUAAAGGACGAUGCGGAAGGGCGAGUGGGCUUGGAGAGGUGGCUCGCGUCGGCUCGAAGAAUUGACGGCCGAAUUGAGUUGGAAGCUCGGCACGUGCCGUCCGGCGCGAAGGCGUUGUGUGUCACUUCCAUCGAAAGUUGGUUCUCAUUAGGACAAUUGCGAGCGCCGUUGCAGUGGCUUUCCAGAGACCAGCAGCGCGGCGUCGCUGCUAGACUAGUAGAGCUCGGUCUCGCGGACCCGACGACGGCUCGUUUGCGACAGAAGGUCGACUCUAUUGUUGGUGCCGAACCGCGGCGCAACGAGAGUGACGACGAGCCGAGACGAGCGCGGAAGACGCGCGUCGAACGGGAGGCUCUGCGCCGGGUCCGGAAGGAGCGGCGACGGUUGAAAAAGCAGCUGAGCAAGCCCGUCUCCAUCCAGAAGGCUUUGAAAAUUGACGACGACCUCGCCCAAUCCACGAUCGGCCAACGCUCCGAGGCGACGGCGCCGUCGCGCGCGUCGCGAAUUGUGGAAAUGCGGGAGACGACGCCGCACGCGACGCCGCACGCGAGCCCCCGUGCUACACAACUGGCGAUCCUCGACGAGCAGGCGUCCCCCAGAACGCUCCAGACGGAGUCUCUGGCGUCCCCGGGAUUACAAACGGACUCGGUCCUCACAUUACACACGGACAUCUCCCCGCUCAAGGAGGACUCUACAGUACAAUUCCACCAGGGCUCCGUGCAGACGCUACAAGCAGCUUCGCUAAUUACGACGGCCUCGGAGAAGGUGGAGCUAGCAGAAUUACCAUCGGACGAUAGCGACGGCGAGUCCUGGGGCGCGCGACCGCCGUCCGACGACGAAGGGGACGACGACGAGCUCGGCGUAUGUGAUAGACAUCGCAACGACGCGACUUUACUGGUCGAGGACGCGAUGCGACCGGGCGUUCAAUCGAAGCAGCAGCACCGCGUGUUUUUAGAAAGAGAAAAGGGUCUGCUCGAGUUGUUCUCGACUCGAAAAGCGAAAAAGCUUCUCAAGGGUGGGACCACGGAAACGGUACUGACUCAGCGUGAAAAAUGAACUUGAACUUGACGUGGUCGCGGCGAUGGCGUCUUCAUGAGACCGCAUCGCCUCGACGUCGUCGACGCGGUCGCCAGAGCGCCCACGCGCCUCGUGAGAGAGUCGCGGUCGUUUCGCGACGGUGCCGUUCCCACACAGGCCCAGGGCAAGCUCACCGUGGCCGUGGCCGCCGGCAUGGCCGUCCGACGCGAAAGAAAGGACGCUGAGAACGUUCUUAGACGAGAACAGCGUGAACAUCAGGCGUGCAAACCUGCUAUCGGUCGCGCGUCGUUCCUGCGAGAUGUGAGGAUUGCCGAGGUGCGCUACGGCACGCCCGAGGCGCGGCAGGCCCACAGGGACGGCAGGGACGCGAACGACCUGCGUAGCGAAGCGUCUUCAUUGAGGAAAGAAGUUUUAGACUUAGGAAGACAAUUGAUAGCCAUCCACGACCGAGCGGAGGUCUUGUGGACUAGAAUACAGGAUCUCGCGCCGCCGGCCGCGGGCUGGUGGGUCGCUGCCUUUAAAUUACUAGAUCCGGAGAGUCCCGAAGCGAAAGUGUCGAGUGAAGAAACAACGACGCUCGCGGAGACCCGUGUGGACAUCAACCAUGCGUCGACGGCGUCUGGGAGCAUCGUCCGACGCCAUCGAUGCGAUCCUCGCGUCUCGCCGAGUGAGAGCGGUCUCGGCACCGCGGCCCUCUGAGAGGCCCAAACUCGGACACGACCUCCGAGAGAUACACUCGAACCUCUCUCAGACCACGACAGACCCCGAGUUGAAGCCCAACUUGAAGUUUGAAACACGCAGGCCGAGACCUGGGACCCCGACGACCUGGGCGAGAAGAUCCAAAUAGGUGUGAGUAAUGAGGAAUCGAGGCGGCGGGAGCGCGUCCAGGUCGAGUGCGCGUUGUGUGCGUGCGGCGCGGAGGCGUUGCGACUCGGGGAUUUGCAGCGACGGUCGGAACUGAUGUUGAAGAAGGUGCGCAAGCACCAGAUGGGUUUGUCGAGGCUGACGACGUCUAUCAUUAGAUAUCGGUCGCGGGACUGCGAUCGCGCGGCCGCGGCGGCGGCUUCGGCCGCGAAGUUGCGCUUCACUCACUUAGCUACACCAGUUGGUUGUCGGAGCGUGCGAUCUCUCUCAGAUACGUCGUUACGAUGCGACGUGUUGGACUGCGGCUUCUCCCUACGAGUACGAACUAGACAAGCCAGGAGGCGAGAGCAUUCGGGUGCCGAGAGCACGGACGAGAGUUCAGAGGACGAGGGCGAGUCCAUGUCUGUAGAUAAAAAUGAAUGGAGAGAUAGGGCAGGAGCGGAAGCCGACCUGCACUGGGUCUACGCGCCGCCCGACGCGCGUAGGGAGCUCUGCGUGCGCGUGUCGCAUUGGGUCUGUCGGCAGACGGAGCAGGGUACAAGUCCAUUGAAGCGUAUCGCCGAAAGAAAUCAUAGAACGUUCAAAACUCGAUUACAAGUCGGGUUGCGGCCGGCGCCGCUACCCUUCGCCGCGGCGGUGGUCCGACGGCCGAGAGGUGGUGCCGCAGCCUUCUUUUCGACGGCGUUGGACGCGGGCGACGGAUUGAUUGUGGUUGCCAGAGAUGCGAACGGCGUCGAGUUGGGGCGGGAAGUCGUCGCCAAGACUACUUGGUUACAGAGAGAAGAUCCUCGUAUGGCGCGAGACGCGGCGGACGGCGGCCGGAGACGACGACCUUUAUUAGCGCGAGCGCUCGAACGGCGUCAGUUCAUGCACCGGUGUCUAGAUGCGGCCGCAGCACUCGUAGAUGGCAGAAACGCGGGAAUAAGGGAAGAUGCGGAUCGAAUCCAAAACCCGUGGGGCCGCGACCCGCACAGCGAAGCGCGCUUAAAGAGAAGCCGCGGGCCGAACGCGUCGGCGGCGCUGUCCGACCCGCACUGGCACGUGCCCACCGAGCAGUUGAGGGCGCACGCCGCGUUCAUGGCGGAACGCAUCGCCCUCGGUCUGCAACCGGAGCCGCCCGCGCCUUCAAAGGAAAAGCGCCGCGACUCGGACUCGUCCGAUUCCGACGAAGAGAACAAGCCCUCUGCUGCGGCUUCAGCAAGACAGCGCGCCAAGGAGGCGCGGCUCAUCCACCGGGGCGUGGCCAUCGCCGAGUGCUUCCCGAAGUAUCUUGGUGCUGACUCAGCGUCUUCAUUGAACUUCAACGUGACGUGGUCGCGGCGACGGCGUCGACGCGAUGCCGCGUCGCGUCGAUGGCGUCUUCAUGAGCACAUGAGAGUCUGCGCGUCGCGCGAGUGCACGGAGACAAUGUCGCGACGGUGUCUGUGCCACACAGGUGUUAUCAACGUCCAAAAUGCGGAGGCGGCCUGGCGGAACGCCGCGCGCAAGGGUGAUAACGCGCGGCAGAACGACGCCAUUUAUCGAUCUGAAAAGAAUCAGCGAGACGCUCGCACGAAAUACCACGACGCUUUGGAUACAAUGGCUCAGUGUCGUCUGACACGGUCGCCGGGCGACGCUUUACGAGCGUGUCGCGCCGCGAUACAGGCCCAGGAGAAGGCCAUGGGCCAGGCCCUCGAUCAGGUGGAGGUCGCUCGCUUGUGUGCUUGUUAUGCUGAAGCUUGUUUGGGUGCUCGUUUGGCCACGGAAGCUGUUCAAGCGGCCAAGAGAUGUUUACGAAGUCUACCGGAGCCGUGGCCGCCGAAGUGGCGCUUUUUGCUGGCCAAGGCGCAUCUGACGCGCGGCGACGUCCGGCCGGCGCGAGCAGUACUUUCUUCAUUGAUCGCCGAAUGUUCGCGGGACGACGACAAGACUCUGUACGAGAAGUGGCUCGAAAUAGCGGGCUGGGACGGCGUCGACGAGGUGACGGCGCUCGCGCGGAAGACCUUCAACGCGAAAGACGACACGAAUAUUGAGAAGAUGAACAAGCUGCGCGCGCGCGGCGUCUUGAGGUGUUGCGAUGCUGGGGGUCGUUUCUUUGUCGACUUCGAGGUCAUUCGGACGCGGUCGCUCGACGCGGUCCGAAGCGGCUCAAACUCGAAAAAAAGACCACUGGCCGCCUCCUCUCGUGGAGGCGACACGCCUCGACGCCUCGCGACGCGCGCCGACGGCCGCGGCACGCGAAACCGCCGCCCCGCGCAGGUACGGCAAGUUCGACGACUUCGAGAAAAGUGCAUUGUCGCGCGAAGCGAAGAAGAAGCAGCGCGAAGACGAGGAGCGCAAGGAGCGGGAAGAGGCGGAGCGGAGGGCGCUCGAGGCCGGGGACGACGUGCCCGAGUACGAGUCGGUCUACGAGUGGGUCACGGAUAGUUCUGAGGAUGAAUCUGUGGCAAGUGUAAAAGAACUGCCCCAGGAGAUCUGGGUGUCCAUCGAGGUCCGAAGGGGUUUGGAGCCGCUGGAGCUGCACACGGACGCUGUGGAGAGAAUUGCUGAUAGCACACCGAAGGACAGCGAGGGUCGGAGGAAGACGACGCGGCAGGUCAUCCCCGAGGCCUGCGAGUUUGUGGUCGAUGCGUGGUGUUCAAAGUACCCCGGCGCUUUAGGAUUGAAGGAGGCGAAUGCGCUGGAGACAGUGGCUCUGCGGCAGGCUCGAAGUAUCAGUAAAAAACAAUUACAACAGAGACAGGAGACCAAAGCUCAUCGCGAGCAGUUCCUCCAGGAAAUUGGGGUGGAUGAGCUGCCUCUCAGGUUAAAUGAGGCCUGCAAGUUGAAACACAAAAGUGUGUUUGGUAGGAACGAGACCUACGCGGUUCUGCGCAUCGAAGAGCGGGAAAGACAGCCCGAAAUAGUAGAGGAUGCUUCAGAUACCGAGUCGGAGCGGUCUCUGGUCGUCUUCGACGGGACGGGCAACAAGUAUAGGAUCGCGAAGAAGAUUCUCGACAUCUGCGACACGGGCGACGAUGAAGCUCCCGACCCGAACGCGCCCAAAGAGAAGGAGAAGGAGCCGGAGACGUUAGAGGAAGCGCUCGCCGUCGCAGCUAAGCGUUUGCGAGGCGUCGACACGGAUCACAGGAAACUAACAAUACAAGAACUGCAGAGAGCCCUGUUCGACGAGGACCUGAAUCCCUUCGUGACGUGGCUCACGGCGAACGCGUCGACCGUGUUCAGUGCGUUCGACGUCGACGGAGACCGGACGCUCGAUUACGACGAGCUCGUGUAUUGCAUCAGCAUGCGCGCGCGCGGCGUCUUGAGGCGUUGCGGCGCCUUCCAUGGGACUCGUACCUAACACACGAUGACGUGGCUGGUUUCUUUUGUGAUUUUGAGGCCGUUCGGACCGAGUCGGGACCGCGACCGCCGUCGAGUCGCGACUCGGUCCGAACCGGUUCAUUGAAGGACCAGAGCCCACCCACGUCAUGCUGAGAUGGACACUUCGAAACGCGAUGCUCCGCGCAGGUACGAGGAGGCCGAGAGGCAGCGAAAACAAGCUUUGGAGGACGCGAAGACUCCCGAAGAGAAGGAGCGGGAGCGCCAAGACGCCGAGUGUCUACUGAUGAGUAGGGAGGACGUCAAGCCCGAGAUCGACCAAGCGUUGACGGAUCUGGGCUUUGACUUGCUCGAGCAGAACGUGCCGGUGCUGACUCAGCGUGAAGAAUGAGCUUCAACAUGACGUGGUCGCGGCGAUGGCGUCCUCGCGAUGCCGCUUCGCGUCGAUGGCGUCUUCAUGAUCACACGAGAGUCCACGCGUCUCGUGAGUGGACGGAGACGGGUUCGCGAUUGUAUAUGUUCCACACAGGGCUUCGACCAGGACGCGGCCGAGGCCAUGCGCCAGGAGGCGGAGGAAGCCUCCUUGAUCAAGUGGGAGGUCGGCACCACAAAACCCUGUCGCACGAGGGUCCAGGGCGCGCCCGCUUCAUUUAGUUAUCUAUGCUCCCUGCCGCCGCCGAUGGCAUCUGGAGAAUGGCAGGCCCCGUACGAGGUGUUGCCAAGCUGGCAACCCCCGAAGUGGACGCUCAUCGUCGAAGUCUGGCGCAAGGAGCUGCGGGGCGACCUGUGCUUGGGCGAAGCCCGGAUAAGUGCCGGGGAUUUGUUAUUGGAGCUCAAAGCCGUGCCCAAGCCGCCGAAGGACGCGGCGACGGCUCCUACAAGUUCUCAGCCGGCCCAGAUCUCCCUCCCGUUACGCACCAGAAAACAAGCUCGGAAACGCGAACGGACGAGAAGUGGCGGUUCGGUAUCGUUACACGUCUGGCCGCCGCCGGCCUGGGCCGUCGCGCCCUCGGCCGACGAACUGUUGAUGGACGAAUUUGAAAAGCGGGAUAAUAGACGAGCGCCGCCCAAAGAGAAGAACGAGAACGUCUUCAAGAAGGACGACGAGAGCACGGUGCGAGCUCUGCGUCCGCCUUCACGCCAUCGACGCGACUCGUGACCAUCAGAGGAGGUCGUGGGUGGUUUAUUUUCCGAUUUUGGGGCCUUUCGGACCGCGUCGAGCGACGUCGACCGAAUCACCUCGAAAUCGCCUCAAAAUUCAACGAGAAACGACCCACCGCCACCAUUCCCGGACACGACGUCGCCCGAUCCUCCCUUACCACUCCACGACCGCGAUGCUCCGCGCAGGUCGCCUCCGAGCAGCCGAACGUCGACGAGCACGGCAACGUCGUCGUGACCUACCGCCAGGCCCUGGGGAAGGAGAAGAAGAAGAGCAAUGAUGAUGAUGAGGAUGACGACGGCUUGCUGCGCGGCGAGGUCGAGGACUACCAGCCGCGUCGACCGGACCGCCUGCGACCGUUCACGCGCGAGGCCAUCGAGGCGGACAAACGGGAGAAGUGGGUGUCUCGCGAGUUCCCCGACGAAAUUCGAGAGAGGACGUCGAUGGCGGAUUUGCGGGUGCGCUCGCGGCGUCCCGUACGGUGCCUUCGACUCGUGGCCAUCUCACGAUGCCGGGGGUCGUUUCUUUUUUGCUGAAGAGGCCGUUCGGACCGAACCGCGAUGCUCCGCGCAGGAUAUCGCCGCCGAGUUAGAUGAGCGAUUACGACAAGGGCAAUGGGCGGUACCGGAGCCGGAGCCGGCCCAACAACGACUGUUCGUUUUAUUGACGGACGCUCGCAACGGUUCGACCGGAGACCUAGAUGUCGCGCACGUCCUGCGCGAGGCGGGCAAGGAGUGGGGCAAGUCGUCGGCGUGGAUCGAGCCGGUGGCCGCGAAACAUAAAAAGCCGAAGAGGCCGAAACGGAAGAGUCGGAGAUCCCGGGCGUCGACCGAGGCCGACGCGCCGGCGUACAUCGCGGAGGACGCGUGGUCAUGUGUGGGGGCGCCGGCGCCGGGGCCGGCUCCAAACGGCGCGCCGGCGCCCGCGGCCUGGGCGCCCGCGCCCGCGCCGGGCCCGGCGCCCGGCCCGGCGCCGGCGCCCGGGGCCGCGCCGGCGCCGGCCCACCUCUGGACCGUCCUCGAGGAGGGCGACGCCUCCGUCUGCUCGCCGCUGCCCGACGAGGUCUCGGCGCUCGACGAGGGCUCCGUCCACGACCGCGCCGCGUCGCCCGCGCGGCCGCUUGGCGACGUCGACGGCGAGGCCGAGGACGACGUGUCGGACCUCGGCUCGCCGCGCGUGAUCCUGGACGACGACGUCUCGGAGCUCACCGAGGCGCGGGCGUAA